AUGGCUUCCAAGUCAAAUAUUGUCAUGACUUUUUUCCCGGCCCUUGCACGCGGCUCACCCACAGCUCGCCGCCCUUCGCUUGUCUCGAUUUCUAUGAGCAACAUGCCACCUGUCUCGACUAGCAAUGCUGCAGCCACAACUGAUUCGCGUUCUGGUAACGCCGAAUCGGUCUCGUCUGCGGGGAAGGGUUUGUACAGUGAGUAUUUCUGCGACGACAAUAUUUUCGAUGAACAUGGCGACUUCCGGUAUGGAGGCGAGAAGGCUUUGACGCUGAAGCUGCAGGUCUUGCAGCUCAUUGCUGACAAGUUCCCAGGUGUCGAGACCGAGCGAGAACCUACACUCGAGAUGAUUGGCCAGGGUUCAUUCAACGUUGUUGUUGGUGUCACUCUCCACCCCCCCAAGUCGCGCAAUGAUUGUAAUAUGAGCGUUGGCAACAAGCUGACGAAGCUUUUCACCCGUGAGCCGCUGCGGACCUUCGCACUACGGUUGCCUCUAGACAGCAGUGGAAAGUUGGAUGGUUCUACAGACAACAACGUCACUCGUGAUAUCGUCACACUGCAGGUCAUCAGCUCACAUCUUUCCAUUCCAGUGCCGCAGGUUAUCAAGUAUGACCCAAGGACAGACAACGCGGUAGGUAGGCCGUUCGCUUUGCAGACUCGUCUAGCAGGCGAAAGCCUCCAAACUCUUUGGGAGAGGCUGAACAUGCCGCAGAAGUUGUCAGCCAUGGAGCAGGUUACCAAGAUGACUGAGAAGAUUGCACGCUGCACGUCGCCAGUCGCUGGUUACAUUUCAGAGAGCAACCGAGAUCUUCGUAGCUCUGCCAUUCAUGUUGAUCAGUUCAACGUUCCGACAAAGGCAGAGGCUGAGCGGCGUCCGCAGUUUGCCCAACCUGUGACCCGGCCUGCGCCAAAGCAGACGCCACAUGAGUUUCUCAUUGAUCAAUGCAACCGCUGGAUUGCAUACGAGGCGACUUUUGCGCACGACCAUCAUAGCCGUGUUUUGUGGGGGAAGCUGAAGAAACUGAUUAACGCGCUCGAGGAACGUAAAUGGCUUGGAGAUCGGUUCCAUCUUGCCCACGGAGACCUGUUUCCCCGCAAUAUCCUUGCCGAGAUCACAGGUCCCUCUACUGUGAAGAUCACUGGCAUUGUGGACUGGGAUAUGGCUUCCUUCGCCCCGAAGUUUGUUGCUCUCCGCGCACCUUUUUGGGGUUGGAUGUAUGAUGAACAGAAUGAGGAUGGUGCCUAUGGCGAUUCAUAUCGAGAACCGGGUCAGCUGAUGAAGAAGGCGUUCCGCGCUGCCGCUUCGAAAGAAUACACCGAGUUUGGUCUUUCUGUGGAGUCAGCAGUGGGCCGCAAGCUUUUCACUGUCUUGCGAUACGGUCUGAUUCGUUAUGGUCAGCGUGAGUUGGCACUUCAGUUGCUGCAACAGUGGCACAUGCUCCACCCAAGCGACCACGUUCAGACAUUCCACCUCUACUAG